AUGGCGCUUCCCUCUAGCCUCGCAGAGAUGGCCCAGGCCACGGGUCAUCUCCCUCCCCACGCCUCGGACGACCCCAUCGCCGCCCUCAAGGCCGCCAACUAUAUGGGCAAGGGUCUCAUGGACCCCAUCAAGACCGUCGAGGACAAGUGGCAGCUCGUUCCCGCCUUCCUCCAGGUCAAGGGUCUCGUCAAACAGCACAUCGACUCGUACAACUACUUUGUCGACCACGACCUCAAGAACAUCAUCAAAGCAAACGAGAAGAUCACCUCGGACAUCGACCCCAAGUUCUACCUCAAGUACACCGACAUCACCGUCGGUGAGCCACGCAGAUACGACGGCGAUGCGUUACAGCGUCCCAUCACCCCACACGAGUGCCGUCUGCGCGACAUCACCUACUCGGCGCACAUCUUUGUCAACAUCGAGUACACCCGUGGCUCCAAGAUCAUCCGCCGCAAGAACGUCGCCAUCGGGCGCAUCCCCGUCAUGCUCCGCAGCAACAAAUGCGUGCUCGCCAACAAGUCUGAAAAGGAGCUUGCCAAGAUGAGCGAGUGCCCGCUGGAUCCAGGAGGCUACUUUGUCGUGAAGGGUACCGAAAAGGUCAUCCUGGUUCAGGAGCAGCUCUCCAAGAACAGAAUCAUCGUCGAAGCAGACUCCAAGAAGGGCACCGUCUCGGCCUCCGUCACCUCGUCCACACACGAGCGCAAGUCCAAGUCCUACGUCCUCACCAAGCACGGCAGGAUCUUCCUCAAGCACAAUUCGCUCCACGAGGACAUCCCCAUCGCCAUCGCUUUCAAGGCCAUGGGCAUCCAGGCAGACCGCGAGAUCCUCCAGCUCGUCGCCGGCCACGACGACGUCUACAAGGAGCUCUUUGCCAUCAACCUCGAGGAGGCCGCGCGGCUCGGCGUCUACACGCGCAAGCAGGCGCUCGACUUUAUCGGCGCGCGCGCAAAGGCAUCGCGCAAGCCCCUCUCCAUGCGCCGCCCGCUCGCCGAAGAGGCGCUCGACGUGCUCGCCACCGUCAUCAUGGCCCACGUGCCCGUCGAGCGUCUCAACUUCCGCCCCAAGGCCAUCUACAUUGCCUGCAUGGUACGCAGGGUGCUCAUGGCCAUGCAGGACGAGAAGAAGGUCGACGACCGCGACUACGUCGGAAACAAGAGGCUCGAGCUCGCAGGUCAGCUCCUCGCCCUGCUCUUCGAGGACCUCUUCAAGAAGUUCAACUCGGACCUCAAGCUCAACAUCGACAAAAUCCUCAAGAAGCCCAACCGCACCGUCGAGUUCGAUGCCUUCAACCAGUUUCACUUCAACGGCGACUACAUCACCUCGGGCUUCGUCCGCGCCAUCUCCACCGGCAACUGGAGUCUGAAGCGUUUCAAGAUGGAGCGCGCCGGUGUCACCCACGUGCUCAGCCGGCUCUCAUACAUCGCCGCACUCGGCAUGAUGACGCGCAUCAGCUCGCAGUUCGAAAAGACCCGCAAAGUGUCCGGUCCGCGUGCGCUCCAGCCUUCUCAGUGGGGUAUGCUCUGUCCCUCGGACACGCCAGAAGGUGAAGCGUGCGGUCUCGUCAAGAACCUGGCGCUCACCACGCACAUCACCACGGACGUCGAGGAGGAGCCCAUCGCCCGCAUCGCAUUCACGCUCGGCGUAGAGGACAUCCACCUCCUCACCGGCGCAGAGCUCUACCGUCCCGACUCGUUUGUCGUCUACCUCAACGGUAACGUGCUCGGCGUCACGCGAUUCCCGCAGCGCUUCGUGAUGCAGUUCCGACGUCUCCGCCGUGCCGGUCGAAUCUCGGAGUUCGUCUCGGUCUACACAAACAAUCACCACCAGACAGUCUACAUCGCUUCCGACGGCGGUCGCAUCUGUCGCCCGCUCAUCGUCGUCGAUGCAGUCACUGGCCAACCGCGGGUCACCGAGGACCACAUCCGACAGCUCAAGUCCGGCGCGCGUCGCUUCGACGAUUUUCUCCAGAAUGGCCUGUUAGAGUAUUUGGACGUCAACGAGGAAAAUGACUCUAACAUUGCUAUUUACGAGCGCGACAUCAAACCAUCAUACACAACUCAUCUCGAGAUCGAACCAUUCACCAUCCUCGGCGCCGUCGCUGGUCUCAUUCCUUAUCCUCAACACAACCAAAGCCCAAGACUUGCCUAUCAUGCUUGUAUCAUUCCCCUCGUUUUCUGCGCAGAGCAGCUUCGUUUUGGGCACUUAUACUAA